AUGGACGUGGACGUGGACGUGGACGUGGACGUGGACGUGGACAUGGACGUGGACGUGGACAUGGACGUGGACAUGGAUGUGGGAAGGGGAUGGGGGGAAGUAGGGAAGGGGAUGGGGGGAAGCAGGGAAGGGGAUGGGGGGAAGCAGGGCAGGGGAUACGGGGUAAGAGGGGAUAGGAUAGGGGGAAGCACGGCUAGGGAUACGGGGAAGCAGGGAAGAGGAUGGGGGGAACGUGGGCAGAUGCCGGGGAGAGAGCUGGGGGGAGGAUGGUGGGGAGCAGAGAGGGAAUCAAAACGCUAUGGGGAGAGGGGAAGAGCGGAUGGAAACGCGGAGGAGGACAUGGACGUGGACAUGGACGUGGACGUGGACGUGGACGUGGACAUGGACGUGGACAUGGACGUGGACGUGGACGUGGACAUGGACGUAGACGUGGACGGGGACAUGGACGUGGAUGUAGAUGUGGACGUGGACAUGGACGUGGACGUGGACGUGGACGUGGACGUGGACAUGGACGUGGACGUGGACGUGGUUGUGGAUGUGGACGUGAACGUAGACGUGGACGUGGACGUGGACGUGGACAUGGACAUAGACGUGGACGUGGACGUUGACGUGGACAUGGACGUGGACGUGGACGUGGACGUGGACGUGGAGGAGUUGGACGUGGACAUGGACGUGGACGUGGACAUGGACGUGGAAGUGGACGUGGACGUGGACGUGGAGAACUUGGACGUGGACAUGGACGUGAACGUGGACGUGGACAUGGACGUGGAGGACUUGGACGUGGACAUGGACGUGGACGUGGACGUGGACAUGGACGUGGGCGUGGACAUGGAGGUGGACGUGGACGUGGACGUGGACAUGGACGUGGACGUGGACGUGGACGUGGACAUGGUCGUGGACAUGGACAUGAACAUGGACAUGGACGUGGACGUGGACGUGGUCGUGGACGUGGACGUGGACGUGGACGUGGUCGUGGACGUGGACGUGGACGUGGACGUGGACAAGGACGUGGACGUGGACGUGGACGUGGAGGUGGACAUGGACGUGGACGUGGACGUGGACGUGGACGUGGACGUGGUCGUGGACGUGGACAUGGACGUGGACGUGGACGUGGACAUGGACGUGGACGUGGACGUGACGUGGACGUGGACGUGGACGUGGACGUGGACACGUGGACGUGGAGUGGACGUGGACGUGGACGUGGACGUGGACGUGGACGUGGACGUGGACGUGGACAUGGACGAGGACGUGGACGUGGACGUGGACGUGGACGUGGUCGUGGACGUGGACAUGGACGUGGACGUGGACGUGGACGUAGACGUGGACGUGGACGUGGACGUGGACGUGGACGUGGACGUGGACGUGGAUGUGGACGUGGACGUAGACGUGGAGGUGGACGUGGACAUAGACAUGGACGUGGACGUGGACGUGGACGUGGACUGGGACGUGGACGUGGACGUGGAGUGGACGUGGACGUGGACGUGGACGUGGACGUGGACGUGGACUGGGACGUGGACGUGGACGUGGACGUGGACGUGGACGUGGACGUGGACGUGGACGUGGACGUGGAGUGGACCUGGACGUGGACCUGGUCGUGGACCUGGACGUGGACGUGGACGUGGACGUGGACGUGGACGUGGACGUGGACGUGGAGGUGGACGUGGAGGUGAACGUGGACGUGGACGUGGAGGUGGACGUGGACGUGGACGUGGACGUGGACGUGGAGGUGGACGUGGACGUGGACGUGGACGUGGACGUGGACGUGAACGUGGACGUGGACGUGGACGUGGACCUGGACGUGGACGUGGACGUGGACGUGGACGUGGACGUGGACGUGGACGUAGACAUGGACGUGGAGGUGGACGUGGAGUGGACGUGGACGUGGACGUGGACGUGGACGUGGACGUGGACGUGGACGUGGACGUGGACGUGGACAUGGACGUGGACGUGGACGUGGACGUGGACGUGGACGUGGACAUGGACGUGGACGUGGACAUGGACGAGGACGUGGACGUGGACGUGGACGUGGACGUGGACCUGGACGUGGAGAACUUGGACGUGGACGUGGACGUGGACGUGGACGUGGACAUGGACGUGGACGUGGAUGUGGAGAACUUGGACGUGGACGUGGACGUGGACGUGGACAUGGACGUGGACGUGGACGUGGACGUGGACGUGGACGUGGACGUGGAGGACGUGGAUGUGGACGUGGACGUGGACAUGGACGUGGACGUGGAGAACUUGGACGUGGACAUGGACGUGAACGUGGACGUGGACGUGGACGUGGAGGACUUGGACGUGGACAUGGACGUGGACGUGGAGUGGACGUGGACGUGGACGUGA